AUGACGCCUCAAGGAUAUUCACCUCUGCUCUCUUCUCCAGGACUGGCUGUGGUCUUGGCUGGUUUGAUGGAGCUCAGCCUACUACCACUGCUGCAUGCCUCGUCUCACUCGUCUCUCUCUGACACUGCCCUCCAUUUUGACGCCCUUGGCAUUCCCGGGAGAGGCGUAGGUGGGCGAGACUACCCCUUGUUGGCCACCGUGCCGGAAACUGGGUUCUCCUGUGCGGCGCGGCGUUCCCCAGGGUACUAUGCGGACACUAGCACCGCGGCAUCUUGUCAAGUGUUCCACGUGUGCCAGGCUGAUGGACGCCACCACGCCUUCCUCUGUCCCAACGGCACUAUAUUCAGCCAGCGCGCCCUUGUGUGUGACUGGUGGUUUAAUGUACAGUGUUUUGAGUCACUGUCACACCAAGACGCCAUCACGCCACUGAAGUCACAGCGCGCGCCUUUCAAAUCACAACGCUUGCCUCAAACACCAGCACGCGUUACCCGCCACCCCAAUGUCUUCCCAGCUACACCCACGCCCUCUCACCACCAGUCAUCUCACCCAUCAUCGCCCACGCCCUCUCACAGCCACAGCUACCGCGCACCACAGCAGUCACACAGCCAUGGUUCAAGUCAAUCGAACUCUAGUGGCCACUCACAGCUCAAUCACAGUCUCCCACAGCAUACAGUUACUUCAGGCAGUCAUAACGCUUCACAGUUCACAGUCAGUCAGUCAGUCAAUAGCCUCCCACAGUUUACAGUUAGUUUACCCAGUCAUAGCCUACCACAUUUCACGUCCAGUCAGGCAGGCAGUCAUCCACACUCACUUAAUCAAUUAUCCAGUCACAGUCAGUCACAGUCACCAAUCAGUCAGUCAACCAGUCACACUCUCCCACAGCUGAAAGUCACCAGUAGUCAUUCAUCUAGCCACAGUCAGUCACAGUCACCAGUCAGUCAGUCAACCAGUCACACCCUGCCACAGUUAAAAAUCACCAGUCAGCCACAGUCACCAGUCACACAGCACUUAGACAUACCACCUUUAUUCCGAGAGGACGUUUCUUCCCUCGCUGGCAAAACACGCCUUCAGGAACCCCACGCAAAAAUGAGAAGAGGACCCUUACCCUUCAGAACACCAGGGAUUAAUCAACACAUAGAUCAACCAAUAUUGGAUCCAGUGAGUCUCGGUUCUAAUUCCCAAGAGUCUAACUUCAUAUCAGGUCUUCCUCCACUUCGAGAAGGCGAAAGAGUGGAAUAUGAUCAAAUCUAUUCCGCUACGAUUUUCCCGCCAAAUAUUCCACCGCUUGGGGAUGUGUACGAGGCUGCCAAGGGGAGGGUUGUGGUGAGAGUGGUGAAGGAGAGUGGUGAGAAUGCCUUAUCUGGUGUAUUGCAAAGUGUAGGCUCUAGCAGGUCUCUCCCACUAGCUUCAUUUCACAAACAGGGUAUCUCUAAAAAGCCUCACGCUUCGCAGAUUGUCACAGUAUCAAACGGCGCCAUUAAAGGGAGUUCACAGGGAGAUACUCUUACUUCACACGUCAUUGAGAAGCCCAUAAUGCCCUGUCCCUCCCACAAUCCUCAGUUCAAGAUAGUUUUCGUCAACACAGUACUCACGGCUCACACAUUCCGUCAAUCCCACAAUCCUCAGUCCACGAAACUCCUCAUGCGCCACAUAUACCACAAACCAUCCCACCAACCCCAUUUCAAAACACUCUCGCCCCAAAACAAGACAAUUUUAAGGCCUCCUCUCUCUCCAGUAAGCCAAAUAGACCCCACACUUCACCUCGGAGCCCAAAUGAAAACCCACAAAGCAUCUUAUCACGUGGAAAAGCAUCAAAAACCACCAUAGCCCCAAGCCCAAAGGAUCUGAACCCACAUCUCAUUGCCAAGCCACAGAACCCAUCACAAGAACACAAGGAGGCUGUUUUGCAUCAAAUUCACGUAUGGAGACCAAGUAAGGAGCCUUUUGGAACUCAGGAAGCUUCAAAUAACAACUUCCCGGUUCCUAAUGACUCGCUAAACCUCAUCAAACCAAACACACAGGGUCGAAAUGCAUCCCCAGUGAGUCCUCAGCCAUUUCAAGCAGACAGUAGCCAACACAAGCCCCAGGAGUCGUUCAAGGUGAUACACGAGACAGUUAUCCCUUCAGGGCGUGCUUAUGCCUCCCCGUCAGAUCAAAAUAACUCCCUUAAUUCACAUAUUCUACAUUCUGGUGUACGCGGGUCACUUGAUUCAGAAAAGUUUCGAAAUCCGAGUGAAUCUUUUCGAGUGGUUCUGAAACGGUGAUGCUGGUGAUGUUAAUUGCCCAGUCCAACUCGUGUCCUAGUGCAUAUUGGUGAGUCCCCCGCCUUUUGCAAUGUGUUUUUCAGUACCUAGUGUUUAUGUGAAGGCUAAGAACAGUCUCGUGAAGUCACCACUCGUGUCUUGGUGCGUAUUGGUAACUCCCCGCCUUUCACAAUGUUUUUCAGUACCUAUGGCUUAUCUGAAGAGCAACAACAGUCUCAUGAAGUCCCCACUCGUGUCUUGGUGCAUACUGGUGACUUCCCCGCCUUUCACAAUGUAUUUUUCAGUACCUAUGGCUUAUUUGAAGGAAAAGAAUCAACAAUUUCGUGAACCGUUUGUAGUUGGCUAAGCUUUACUGCCACAUCAACGCUUCUUCACCUUAAGGAUCGAAGACUAAGGUAAAGUGCUUUUGUAUGUGGAAAAAUGGCGAAAAAUGGCUAAGGGUGACAAGAAAAGUUGUGAUUAACCCCUUCAGUACUGAGACGCAUUUGUAACUUGAGAUUUGUGUGUGAUAUUUGAAGUAGUGGAGGUGACGCACAGAAGUUUGAGAAAUAUGAGCUCUGUUUAACGCCACACACACAGCAUUCAUCUCUCUCUCUCUCUCUCUCUCUCUCUCUCUCUCUCUCUCUCUC